AUGCUUUCGCGUAAGCGACUAGCAGCAGUAACAAAUAUACAUAAAGAACCGGAACUUACAACUUCAGAACGAACAGAAGCUGUUGCUUCAUUUGUUCAACAACGAAUUUGGCUUCAUGAACAGCUUUAUUUUCAUUCUUCUGACUUGUCUGUCUACAAUAUUUUGGUACCAUUGAUAGUCAAACAAGGUUCAUUAUCAGUCGAACGUAUUCGUUCAAUUUUACUCACAUUAAUUGAACAACAUAGUGUUCUUCGUACUGCUGUUCGUUUUAAUCCACAAAGUAAUCAAAUCGAACAAUAUAUUCAAGCUGCUACCGAUGAAAUUUAUUCAUUUCAACAUUCACGAAAUAUUAAUACAUCAGAACUGCUUGAUCGAUUACUUAUCAAGGAAUCUACAGGAAAAAUUUUCGAUUUUGAAAAAGGAAAAGUAUUAAGAUGCCAUAUAGUGCAGCGGCAAGAUAAUAAUACUGAUGGUUUAUUAUAUGAAAAUGAUAUAAUUGCUCUCAGUUUUCAUCAUAUUGCAUUUGACAAUAGUUCAGUUAUGGCAUUUAUAAAAGCAUUUAAACAAAUAGAUUUGGCUAAUGAACAACAACCAAUAUUAUCAGUUCCACAAUAUAUUGAUUUUGCAAUAUAUGAACAAGCAUUGUUAGCUGAUACAAAUAUAGAUUCAAAAAUGAAUAAAGCACGUCGUUAUUGGUCAAAUCUUAUGAAUGGUUAUGAUUGGAAUCGAAUACAACAUUUAGUACCUCAUGAAAAUAAAACUGAUCAAGUUCGUUCUGGUCGUGCUUAUUCAACUGCAUUUAGUUUUGAUGAAAAUAUUGUUGAUGCAAUGAUUUCUUUUGCUUCAUCAAAUAAUCUAACAAUGUUUUCCUUAUCUCUUGCUUGUUAUUAUGUAUUUUUAUAUAAAUUAAUUAAUAUGGAUGAGGAUGAUUUAUGUGUUGGAGGUGUUAUAGCUAAUCGAUCAAAACAAGAAAUGAAAGAUAUGAUUGGCAUGUUUGUUAAUCUUGUACCAUAUCGAAUAAAAAUGGAAGCAAAUAAUUCAUUUGAAUAUCUUAUACGAAAAAUACAACAAUUAAGUAGUGAUGUUCUAGAACAUUCUUGUUUACCUUACCAACAUAUUAUUAAUUCACAAGAUCAACAAAAUCAUCAAGUAUUACCUUCAACAGUAUUUCAAUAUGAAUCUUUAGUAUCAUCAGUGACAGCAAAGAAUAAUAUUGAAUCUAGUACUACUGAAGGAAAUUAUGUUCUUGCUGUUUAUUUUGAUCGAGAUCGAUCACAUGGUAAUGGUGUUGCAGCAUUUGAUCUUACUUUUACAAUAUCACAUGAUUAUCAUGCACGAACUACAGAAUGUUUUCUUGAUUGUUCAAUUGAUAUAUUUCAAACUCAAACUAAUGUCGAUCUACUUGCAAAUCGUUUUCAACAUAUGCUCAAACAACUUUUCUCUUCUUCUUCUUCAGUUAUUCAUGAACCAAUCUAUAAAUUAUCCAUUGUUCUUCCAACUGAACAAGAAUUGAUUCACCAGAUGAAUAAUACAGAUAUAUCUGCAUCUUAUUCAUGGCCAAAUACUGUUCAUGAAUGUUUUGUUCAACAAGCUCAAUUAUAUCCACAAAAAUUAGCUCUUGAACUAGAUGGGCAAUCACUUACUUAUAGUGAAUUAUUAUAUUCUGUAUAUUGUUUAACAAAUUAUUUAAUUGAUAAAAUUCAACCAAAUGAAAUUAUUUGUCAAUGUGUUGAACGAUCUUUUGAAAUGAUUAUUGGUAUGUUAGCAAUCUUAUCAAG